AUGAUCGACGAACUCGGACACGAUGGGGAGGAGGACUUUAUCUUCAACGAGUAUGCCAUCGAUGACACGCUGGAUCCUUUGAGCCGUUUGCUAAACUACCACUCUUCGGCGUUCUCACUUCAGCGGGAAUUUCUACUGCGCGAGGUAGGCGAUACUGUGAGGUUCGCCGGCUUUGAGCAAAGUGCCAAACUGAUUGUCCCAAUCCUCACUGGGUUUGCUUCAGACUGUGAGCCUUUGGUGCGACAAAUGCUGGUGGAGCAGCUCCCAGGGGUGGCCAAGUUUUUCGUGGAGCAAGGGGGAAACGCUGGGUAUGAGUGCCUUUUGAGUCGGUUUCUUCCCAUUGGAUUUGAGCUUCUCAUAGACAAAAACGUGGAAGUCGGAGCUUCGGCCCUGGCAUCGUUAAAAGCGCUUGCGGAGCUGGUCAAGCCAGACGAUGUUCAUGAUCACUUGCUGAAUGUUGUUGUUAUGCUGGCUCACGACGAGCGUGCGGAGGAAUACCGCGUGGUGGCAGCACGUUUGUUUAACGAAUUGGCUGCAAUUUUUGGAAAAACCUCUUGCGUCAAGGAUGUACUACCCGAACUGGAGCUCCUUGCGAAUGAUAGUAACUUUUCCGUCCGUAAAGCAGUUGGGGAGAACCUGGGAGAAAUCAGCAAGGUGGUGGAGGAGGAUACGGCGGAGAACGUUGUGCUUCCUAUCUUCCUGAACCUUUGCAAGGACGAAAUUUGGGGAGUCCGCAAGGUGUGUGUCGGCAGCAUUGAGGGGAUCUCCCUUGCUGUUGCCCCUGAGGCACGGGUGUCGAAACUGUUACCGGUGUAUCACCUCCUGCUUCAAGAUUCGUCGAGGUGGGUGCGCAAUGGUGCCCAUGACUCUCUUGGAAACUUUUUGCACACGCUGCGGCCUUCAGACUUGAGCCCGGCGUUGCUGCAGUCAUAUACAGAUAUGGCGUUCCGAUCGGAAAACGGUGAUACGUUAUACAGUGAGUCAUGCGCCUUUGCAUUGCCUGCGGUGGUGCAGGUGGCGGGAAGAGAGCGGUGGAAUGAGGUGGCAGACGCGUAUGCCACGCUUCUCAAGGACGUAAAGUGGAAGGUUCGCAGAUCGCUGGCGUAUUCUCUUCAUGAAAUGGCCCUUAUUUUAGGUCAAGAAAUUGCAGAAUCGGAUCUUGUCGCCGCCUUUGAGUUGCUUCUGCGGGACUUGGAUGAGGUGCGACUUGGGGUUGUGUUGCACGCUGAUGUUUUUCUUGGUGUCGUGGGACCAGCAGUGCGGGAGCGGCUUUCCCCUUUGCUAUGCCAUGUUCCUUUAGAAAGCGAGAAUUGGCGCAUACGCAACGUUGUGGCGCAACGCAUCGGAGAUGUUGGUGUACUUCUUGACCCUGUCAAUAGUACAGCCCUGAACAUAAUCAUCAACCUAGUGGUUCGCCUCCUAGACGAUAGUGUGAUGGAGGUGCGCCGGUCUACGUAUCGUUCGGCUGCGAUUUUACUGAAACAUCUCGCCAGUGCGGGGGGAGAAAACUCCUGCGGUGGGUAUGUACAUACAUUAGUGCAAAUUGCCGACCUCCACAGCUUUCGCGAGCGGCUGAUGUUUCCCUACAUCGCGGAGGAGGUGGCGAAGCUCGGCACACCCGCUUUGGUGGAGCAGUACUUUCUCAACGGCCUACUGAAGUUGGCGAGGGACGAGGUUGGCAACGUGCGGCUUGCCGUUGCCGCCGUCAUGUCGCGUACGUUCCUGGUCAGCCCCUACUGGUCGACGAACCCAAGGAUUCUGCAGGUCCAAAGCCUCCUCGAUGAAAAGAAUUCCGGCGGGUAA